AUGCGCUUUCUACACAUCAUCUUUAGCGCUUUGUCGCUCCUGGCGUCCGUCAAUGCCUCCUCUUCGACCGAUAUCCUCGUCUGGCCCGUGGGGUCAGCGCAACCCUCCGUCCUCGCGCGCGUCACUUAUGACCCAGCCACGAUGAAAUCCAACCUGCUCUCAUAUACCCCUCCACAGACGCAAGACGAUGGGUUGGUGCGCGUCGGUCUCUAUACGUCAACACCGACAAGCAACAAGCAAUGGGUGGGCAGUCUCGUGUCGGCCUCCUCUUUCAGCGGCAAUGAGCAACCAACGAUCCGCCUGCACCUCGGUCCCGCCAAUGAGGUCUACCAUGUCUCUCUAGGUGCUUCAUCUGCUACCCAAGACCCUGCUACUGGUGCUCAGGUUGAUCUUGUUGCGAAUGAGCUUGGAGCACAACCGCACUUGAACCGACCUGUGGUUGUCAACCCUGACGGCGGAAACGCUGAGGAACCGGAGGAGAAGUCUCUUUUACAAAGAUACUGGUGGCUUCUGCCCAUUAUCUUCUUCCUCACGAUGUCUGGCGGCGGCGGCGGCGAAGGACAGUCAUAA